AUGGCAGGGCCUCAGACUGUUACUCUCUCUACCAAAGGGAGGAGUAGUGGUGGUAGCUGUGCAGUUGGAGGCGGUGGUGGGGGAAGGAUUUCUUCAGUCUCUUCUGGAAGAUACAGCUCCUGUGGGAUAGGCAGCGGUAGAGGCUUUUCGGGUAGGAGUUACAGUGGUGGUGCGAGUUGUGGAGCAGGACUGAGUGCUGGUAGCUUUUCUGGAGGUAGCUAUGGAGGUGUCUUAGCAGGAGGUCACCCAGGAUACGGCUAUGGAGGUUGUUCCAGCAUUGGGUUCAGUGGUGGCAGCACCCGCUGUGGAUAUGGAGGUGGAUUUGGUGGUGCUGUUGGUGGUGGCUUUGGUGGUGCAGUCGGUGGUGGCUUUGGUGGUGGUGGUCUUUGUGGAGAUGGCGUAUUUGUCACCUGUGAUGAAAAGCUGACCAUGCAGAACCUUAAUGACCGCCUGGCUUCUUACCUGAACAAGGUGCGAUGCCUGGAGGAAGAAAACGCUGCCCUAGAGUGCAAAAUCAAGGAAUGGUAUGCCCAUCAUGGACACACCGGUGUACCAAAGGACUACAGCUGCUACUAUAAGGAAAUAGAAGAUCUUCAAAAUCAGAUUGUUUGCGCUACCCUAGACAACAACAAGAUCAUUCUGAACAUUGAUAACAGCAGGAUGGCAGCUGAUGACUUCAGACUGAAGUUUGAGACUGAGCUGGCCCUUCGCCAGAGUGUGGAGGCCGAUAUUAAUGGCUUACGCCACGUUCUGGAUGAACUGACCCUGUGCAGGUCUGACCUGGAGGCGCAGCUUGAGUGCCUGAAGGAAGAGCUGUGUUGUCUGAAGAAGAACCAUGAGGAGGAAAUCAAUUGUCUGAGAAACCAGUCCACUGGUGAUGUCAGCGUGGAGGUCAAUUCCUGUCCUGGCCCAGAUCUGAAGAAAAUCCUAGAGGAGAUGAGAUGCCAGUAUGAAACAAUGAUUGCACAAAAUCGCAAAGAGGUUGAGGACUGGUAUGAAUGCAAGAUUGAGGAGGUGAAUCGUGAGGUCAUCACAAGCAGUCAGGAGGUUGAGUCGUGCAACAACCAGGUCGCUGAACUUAGACGUCAGUUGCAGUGCCUGGAGAUAGAUCUGCAAUCCCAUCUUAGCCAGAGGGACAACCUGGAAGCCUCUUUGGCUGAAACCGAAAGUCGCUACAACAGCCACCUGUGCCAGUUACAGCAACAGAUCACCUGUGUGGAGCAGCAACUGGCUGACCUGCGAACAGAAAUUGAGUCCCAGAACCACGAGUACAAGGUCCUCCUGGAUGUCAAAUGUCGACUGGAGCAGGAGAUUCACACUUACCGCUGCCUGCUGGAAGGAGGACAGCGUGACAUUGUUGGCUCGGAAGGAGGGUUUGGCGUAGCAGGUGGCAUAGGAGGAGGAACAGUCAUUAAAACUUCCCACUGCUACUCUUCUUCUCACUCUGUCCCCCAUGUCACGUCUUGCCACCCUGGUGAUCUAAAAGGGCACGGCAGAAAGAUUUGUGACUAAGAAGAGAAACCGGCAUCUUCCAGAGCAAGACGCACCGAGCAAAGACCCACCCACGGACAAAGCGAGAGCUCAGCCAGCACUGUGCACCUCUACAAAGAGCAUGGAGAAGAGCUCUUCAGAAUUACUCAACGCUGCUAAUGCCAACGCCACUGUCCUGAGGGGCCCAUCUGAGCCUUGGUCCACCUUCCCGCCUAUCAUGCUAUUUGCUUCUUCCAUUCUGUGAUGUUCUGUGUGUCCAAUCACAAUAAUUACUUACUUGAGUUAAUCUGUACCGUGGUUGGUAAUUUACCUUCUGCUGAAAAAGUGUCUCUAAUAAAACUUUGCUUCUGCCUGAUGCAAUCAAGAAA